UUCCUGAAGUGGAAGGGAGCUCCCUGAUACUGCAGACUGCUUAAGGAAGAGGACUAAUUUUGCAUGCAUAAUACUAUUACCUUAUAAUAAUUGGAUCAGAAGAUGAACCCAAUGAAUCCUUUCAAUGGGCAGCAGCCUAGUGCUUUUCCAGCAUCUUCUAGUAGCUCCAUGGGAGCAUUUCCAACGAAGUCGCCAUUUCAGUUUGGUCAACCUUCUCUUUUUGGACAAAAUAAUACAUUAUCUGGGAAGAACUCAGGAUUUUCACAGGUAUCCAGCUUUCCACCAUCUUCUGGAGUAAGUCAUUCCUCUUCAGUGCAAACAUUAGGAUUCACCCAAACCUCAAGUGUUGGACUCUUUUCUGGACUUGAAAACACUUCCACCUUUGUAGCUACCUCCGGGGCUUCAAGUUCAUCUGUGCCCGGAAACCCAGGAUUUAGUUUUAAGUCACCCACCAAUGUUGGGGCUUUCCCAAAUACUUCUGCUUUUGGAUCGGAAGCUGGAGAAAUAGUGAGCUCUGGUUUUGGGAAAACAGAAUUCAGUUUUAAGCCUCUGGAAAAUGCAAUGUUCAGACCAAUAUUGGGGGCUGAAUCUGAACCAGAGAAAACCCAGGGCCAGAUUUCUUCUGGGUUUUUCACUUUUUCUCAUCCAAUUAGUAGUGGACCUGGAGGUCUUGCCUCUUAUUCUUUCCCUCAGGUGACAAGUAGUUCAGCUGCCAAUUCAAAUUUUACCUUUUCAAAACCAGUUAAUAGUAAUAAUUCAUUAUCUGCCUUUACCCCUGCUUUGCCAAGUCAAAAUAUAGAGGAAGAGAAGAGAGUACCUAAAUCGAUACUUGGAAGUUCUAAUAGCAGCUUCAGUAGUUUCCCUAUGUCAUCUUCUGGGGCUUUGGGUGAACCCUUCCCAGUCAGCAAAACAGGAGUCAGGCAAAGCUGUGAAGAAGCUGUCUCGCAGAUGGAGCCACUUUCCACCCUCAUGAAAGGACUGAAAAGGAAGGAGGACCAGGAUCGCUCCCCAAGGAGACAUGGCCAUGAAAUAGCAGAAGAUUCAGACCCUCUGUCCAGGGGAGACCAUCCUCCUGAUAAACGACCGGUCCGCCUUAAUCGACCUCGGACAGGCAAUUUGUUUGGUCGGACAAUACAGGAUGUUUUCAAAAGCAAUAAAGAAGUAGGUCGUCUGGGCAACAAGGAGUCUAAAAAGGAAAUUAGUUUUGUUGAGUCUGGGGAAAGUGACCAUAUGACCAUCACAGGAGGGAGUCAGUCUGUCCUAGCACCGUCCCGGCUUCCAGGUGCAAAUAAAGAGGAAGAAACUGAAAGCAGAGAUAAAAAAGAAGAUCCUUUAAGAGGGACUCCUAUGCGUCAGAGUAAAAGAAGUGAGAGCACAGACAGUCUUGGGGGCUUGUCUCCCAAUGAAGUAACAGCGAUCCAGUGCAAGAAUAUACCCGACUAUCUCAAUGACAGAACCAUUCUAGAGAACCACUUUGGCAAAAUUGCUAAGGUGCAGCGCAUCUUUACCCGGCGCAGCAAAAAGCUUGCUGUGGUGCAUUUCUUUGAUCAUGCAUCUGCAGCCCUGGCUAGAAAGAAGGGUAAAGGCUUGCAUAAAGACAUGGCUAUCUUUUGGCACAAGAAGAAAAUAAGCCCCAACAAAAAACCCUUUUCCCUGAAGGAGAAGAAACCAGGUGAUGGUGAAGCCAGCCAGGGCACAGAGGACGCACCCUUUCAGCAUUCCCCUCUUGGCAAGCCCUCAGGGAGGGCUGUAGCUGGCAGCCUCCUGAGUAAAAGCUCUCCAGUGAAGAAGCCAAGUCUUCUAAAGGCCCACCAGUUUGAGGGAGACCCUUUUGACUCAGGCUCUGAGAGCUCUGAGGGUCUUGGACAGUGUGUGUCAUCCCUCAGUACCCUGAUUGGCACCGUGGCUGAGACGUCUGAGGAGAAGUACCGCCUGCUCGACCAGAGAGACAGAGUCAUGAGGCAAGCUCGGGUGAAAAGAACUGAUCUAGAUAAGGCAAGGACUUUUGUUGGGACGUGCCCAGAUAUGUGUCCCGAGAAGGAGCGGUACAUGCGGGAGACCCGGAGCCAGCUAAGCGUGUUUGAAGUGAUCCCAGGGACUGACCAGGUGGACCAUGCAGCAGCCGUGAAAGAGUACAGCCGAUCCUCGGCUGAUCAGGAGGAGCCCCUGCCACAUGAACUGCGGCCCUCAGCAGUGCUCAGGAGGACCAUGGACUACCUGGUGACCCAGAUCAUGGACCAGAAGGAGAGUAGCCUGAGGGACUGGUAUGACUUCGUGUGGAAUCGCACACGUGGCAUCCGGAAGGAUAUCACACAGCAGCAUCUCUGUGACCCCCUGACGGUGUCCCUGAUUGAGAAGUGUACCCGAUUUCACAUCCACUGUGCCCACUUCAUGUGUGAGGAGCCCAUGUCCUCCUUUGAUGCGAAAAUCAACAAUGAGAACAUGACUAAGUGCCUACAGAGUCUGAAGGAGAUGUACCAGGACUUGAGAAACAAGGGCAUCUUCUGUGCCAGUGAAGCAGAGUUCCAGGGCUACAAUGUUCUGCUCAAUCUCAACAAAGGAGAUAUCCUAAGAGAAGUACAACAAUUCCACCCUGCUGUUAGAAACUCCUCCGAGGUGAAAUUUGCUGUUCAGGCUUUUGCUGCAUUGAACAGUAAUAAUUUUGUGAGAUUUUUCAAACUGGUCCAGUCAGCUUCUUAUCUGAAUGCUUGUCUUUUACACUGUUACUUUAAUCAGAUCCGCAAGGAUGCACUACGGGCACUUAAUGUUGCCUACACAGUGAGCACACAGCGCUCUACUGUCUUUCCUCUGGAUGGUGUGGUGCGUAUGCUGCUGUUCAGGGACUGCGAGGAGGCAGCCGACUUCCUCAACUACCAUGGUCUCACUGUUUCCGAUGGCUGCGUGGAGUUGAACCGGUCUACGUUCCUGGAACCAGAAGGAUUAUCCAAGGCCAGGAAGUCAGUAUUUAUCACCAGGAAGCUGACAGUGUUGGUUGGGGAAAUCGUGAAUGGAGGACCACUGCCCCCUGUCCCUCGCCACAUCCCUGUGUGCAGCUUCAACUCCCAGAACAAGUACAUGGGGGAGAGCCUGACUGCAGAGUUGCCCGUCGGCACUCAGAAACCCAGCCUGGAUGCAGUGGAUGGUGGGAGAGGAGAGGAGUGUAUCACAGAGUCCAAUGUACCCCUGCCUGGUCUCCUCCCACAGUCUCUCCCUGCCUCUGUGCCCUCACCAGCACCUCUGCCUCCAGUCCUGGCACUGACCCCAUCCACGGCUCCCAGCUUCUUUCAGCCCUCCAUGCAGCCUGAGCUGCUUCCUCCAAAGCCUGUGCCCGUGUACUCCGAUGCGGACCUAGCGCAGGUGGUGGAUGAGCUCAUCCAGGAGGCUCUGCAGAGAGACUAUGAGGAGGUCAGCUCUGCAGGGGCUGUCUACGCAGCCACAGCUCUGGGUGUUUCUAAUGCUGCUAUGGAGGAUCUACUAACAGCUGCAACCACAGGCAUGUUGAGGCACAUUGCAGCUGAGGAAAUGACUAAAGAAAGAGAGCGAAGGGAGCAGGAGAGGCGACAGGCUGAAGAAGAAAGGUUGAAACAAGAGAGAGAGCUGAUGUUAACUCAGCUGAGCCAGGGCCUGGCUGCAGAGCUGAUGGAACUCAUGGUGAUGGAGUUCGUGAGGGAAACCUGUUCCCAGGAGUUGAAGAAUGCAGUCGAGACAGACCAGAGGGUCCGCGUGGCCCGUUGCUGUGAGGAUGUCUGUGCCCAACUAGUGGACUUGUUCCUCAUAGAGGAAAUUUUCCAGACUGCAAAGGAGACACUCCAGGAACUUCAGUGCUUCUGCAAAUAUUUACAGCGGUGGAGGGAAGCUGUUGCAGCCCGGAAGAAACUGAGGCGCCAGAUGCGGGCUUUCCCUGCAGCACCCUGCUGUGUGGACGUGAAUGACCGGCUGAGGGCUCUGGCACCCAGUGCAGAAUGCCCCAUUGCUGAGGAAAACCUGGCCAAGGGCCUUCUGGACUUGGGCCACGCAGGGAAAGUAGGCAUUUCCUGUACCAGGUUAAGACGGCUCAGAAACAAGACGGCUAACCAGAUGAAGGUCCAGUACUUCUACCAGCAGCUACUAAGUGAUGUGGUGUGGGCGCCUCUGGACCUGCCAUCCCUCCUGGCUGAGCACCUCCCUGGGAGAAAAGAGCACGUGUUUUGGAAGCUGGUACUGGUGUUCCCUGAUGGAGAAAAGCAGGCCCCAGGGAGUCCUGGCAGAAUUCUAGCUAAUUGGUUAAAAGUCAAGUUCAUGGGAGAUGAUGGCUUGAUGGAUGACAUGUGCAGCGAUGCAGGUGGGAUUCAGACACUUGCACUUUUCAACACACUCAGUGGAAAAGGGGAUCAGACAAUUUCUGUCAACGUGUGUAUAAAGGUAGCCCAUGGCACGCUCAGUGACAGUGCCCUUGAUGCUGUGAAGACACAGAAGCACCUCCUGGGAGCUAGUGGGCUCAUACUGCUGCUUCCCCCUAAAGUGAAGAGCGAAGAUGUGGCAGAAGAGGACAUAUACUGGCUGUCUGCCUUGCUGCAGCUCAAGCAGCUCUUGCAGGCCAAGCCCUUCUACCCUGCACUUCCGCUGGUGGUUCUUGUGCCCAGCCCAGGAGAGGAUGCUGUUGAGAAGGAAGUAGAGGAUGGUCUGAUGCUACAGGAUUUGGUUUCAGCUAAGCUAAUUUCAGAUUACGCCGUUACUGAGAUCUCAGGUUCUAUUAAUGAUCUACAAGGUACAACUAAGGUUUCACAGGCAGUGCAGUGGCUGGUCUCCCACUGCCCCCGUGCCCUUGACCUUUGCUGCCAGACCCUGAUUCAGUACAUCGAAGAUGGGGUUGGCCGUGAGUUUAGCAGCCGUUUUUUCCAUGACAGAAGAGAGAGGCAUCUGGGCGGCCUGGCCUCACAGGAGCCCAGUGCUAUCAUUGAGCUAUUCAAUAGUGUGCUGCAGUUCCUGGCCUCCGUGGUAUCCUCGGAGCAGCUAUGUGACCUGUCCUGGCCUGUCACUGAGUUUGCUGAGGCAGGGGGCAGCCGACUGCUUCCUCAUCUACACUGGAAUGCCCCAGAGCAUCUGGCCUGGCUAAACCAGGCCGUGCUCAGGUUCCAACUUCCACAGAUGGACCUUCCACCCCCAGAGGCCCCUUGGCUUCCCGUGUGCUCCAUGGUUGUCCAGUAUGCCUCCCAGAUCUCCAGCUCACGCCAGACGCAGCCCGUCCUCCAGUCCCAGGUGGAAAACCUGCUCCAUAGAACAUACUGUAGGUGGAAGAGCAAGAGCCCCUCCCCAGGCCAAGGGGCAGGGCCGUCCGUCAGUGAGAUCCCAUGGGAUGAUGUGAUCGCCCUGUGUAUCAACCACAAGCUGAGAGACUGGGCACCCCCUCGACUUCCUGUCACAUCAGAGGCACUGAGUGAAGAUGGUCAGAUAUGUGUAUAUUUUUUUAAAAACUAUUUGAAGAAAUACGAUGUUCCUUUGUCAUGGGAACAAGCCAGAUUGCAGACGCAGAAGGAGCUACAGCUGAGUCAGGGACGUUUGGGAAUAAAGCCUUUUCAUCCUUCUGCAAAUGAUUGUCCUACUCCGUUGCUUCACAUGUACCAUAAGGGGAAGAGAAGCACAGAGCGUGGCCCAGAGGGGAAGAUUCCCAGCUCAGAGGAUCUGACACAGGGAGCUUCUGCCGAGGAACUGCUGACACAGUGUCUGUCUAGCAGUCUGUUGCUGGAGAAGGAGGAGAACAAGAGGUUUGAAGAUCAACUUGAGCAAUGGUUGUCUGAAGACUCAAGAACAUUUGCAGAUUCAAUUUCCCUUCCCCUCUAUCUUCCUCAGACUCUAGUGUCUCUUCCUCAGACUAUUGAGCCUAUUAUGAAAACAUCCAUAACUACUAGCCUGCAGGUGAGAAGAGAGGGAGCAAUUGCGGCUGUCAGAGACAACGGGAACAUCUCUGACCGAACGGCUGAAGUACCUGGAAAGGCUGAUCCAGAGGUCGAGGGAAGAGGAAGUUGCUUCUGAGCUCCAUCUCUCUGCACUGCUGGACAUGGUGGACAUUUGAGCAGCCUGACUUGCGGGAGGUGGGGGGUCAGACACCAGAAGAGUUUCUGUGUUUACUCAAAAUAAUGUUAUUCUCAGAUGCUUGAUGUACUGUUGGAAAUGUGAUUAUUAAUCAUGCAAAUAAACCACUUGAAAUAUCUA